ACUAGAGCCUUCCCAUCAGGGACCACGUUUUUGUAAUCAAAUUUGUUGGAGACACAAAAAGAGCCACAGUAUCGUAGCUCAAACACACUGCAGUGUAGAGACAGCAGAAUAUGCCUGACACCAUUAGCACAGCUCACUUAAAACAGUAGAACCACAACUCCAUUAAACACUGCCCUCUAAACAGAAGCUCUUGGUUACCCUUGUGCUUUUCAACCAGUAGUAAGAAACUCACACCAGCAGCAGAACUCCAUCUCCUCUGCACAGUGCUGCACGGACUGUUGAGAGAUUUACACUCUGGUUAUAAAGAUGGAGUCCCCAGUGACAGAACUUCCCACCUUGCUGUCCAAUCAAUCCAUGGAGAGCUGUCCAUCCGUGGAUAAUACAGUGGAGAACAUGGUCUUUGGAUUUUACUACAUUAUAGUUUUCCUCUUGGCCUUGAACGGCAAUGGUCUCGCCUUGUGGAUCUUCCUUCGCCAGCGAGGCACCUCUUCUCCAGCCAAUGUCUUCUUGCUCCAUCUUGCUGUGGCUGACCUGUCAUAUGUCUUCAUUUUACCUCUCCGGGCCACUUAUCAUUUAACCGAGGGCCAUUGGCCAUUUGGUGAAGUCCCUUGCCGCCUCGCAGGCUUUCUCUUUUAUGUAAACAUGUAUGCCAGUUUGUACUUCCUGGCUUGCGUUGCAGGUGAUAGAUACCUUGCUGUGGUGCAUGCUGUACGUUCCCUCAAGGUGCGGCGCCCUCGUUACGCUCAUAUAGCUAGCUUUGCCCUGUGGGCUUUGGUGACAGUCUCAAUGGCACCCCUUCUGGUCACCCAGCAGACUGCAGAAGUGAACGGUUCUACCGUAUGUUUGCAGCUGUAUAGAGAAAAGGCCUCACGCCGUGCUCUAGUCUCCCUCGCCGUGGCAUUCACACCUCCUUUUGUUGCCACCCUCGCCUGCUACCUGCUUAUAAUGCACAGUCUGCGGAAAGGUUCAAGGCUGGAGCCAGCACUGAAACUUCGAGCUCUACGCACAAUUGGCCUGGUUAUGCUAAUCUACAUAGUGUGCUUUCUGCCCUAUCACCUAAGCCGUGCAACCUUCAUUCUAGGUUAUGGACACCCAGACCUGUCGUGCCAAAUCAAAAGAGGGCUUGCUUUUGCCAACCGACUUACUUCCUCUCUAACCUGCCUGAAUGGAGCUUUGGAUCCACUGGUCUACUUGUUUGCUGCUGAGAAGUUUAGGGGGAGCAUUCGAAGGCUUCUCUGCAGAGAUAAAUCAGGGGGGUCAAGUGCUACCAGCGGGGAUGUGAAAGGUACACAUGACAGUUCUAUGAGUGCCAAGUCAGAGUUCUGAGACAAUAAUUAAAGUUGUUCAUAAUGGAAUAUUUCCCACAUUUCCUGACUGUAGACACUGUGUAUGCAGUUCAAGAUCUGGAAUAACUUUAAGCAGCCUUAUGUAUACCAAAACAUGUGACCUAGGUAUACUGAAGUGAAACUAAUUUGGAGAAAAAACUGGGAACAACAAAUGACUGGAAUCAUUUUACAAUAUCAGUAGCUUUUUAUAAGAUAUGCAUUAAUGUCUGUUGCCAGUUGUAACAAAACAAUAGCAGCUAAAGACUAAAGAAAAGUUUCGCUCUAAGCAGCUAUAAUAACAUCCUAUGAGAAAUCAUGUAUAAGGGUCAAACUGGGAUUUAUUCCAUAACAAAAACAACACAUACUGUUGUGCUUUUUAAUGAGCUAUUGAGUCACUAUUGUGCAGUAAGUGAUUUAAUACUUGUUUAUUACACUGUUUCAUGAAAUCAAUGUCACAUUUGAAAUCAAGAUAGUAUUUUGGUUAAUCGCAUUACCGGUCAUGUGAUGUUGCUUAAUUGCACCAUAUGUUACAAGUAGAAAAACAUUUGAGAGACACUUUUUAACAUUAAGCGUUUUAGAAUUAGAAUGUCCUUUUUUUGCUGCGCUCAUUUGUUUCGAUUUCUCCUUGAGGGGCUGCCCGAGCACAACCUUGUUACCAUUAGUACAUUAUAUAAUAUACUGUAAAUUGUGAUUAUCCAUUAUCUGUCUCCACUUACACUAAAUGUAAUACAAUCAAUGUUAAUGUCGAGCACUGAUAAGCCUAUAUGCCGGGGCUCAUCUUCGGAUGGCGCGGCCCAAUAGCGACAGAGUGUACGCGUCAUAAUCUGAAAACCACGCCCACCAGGGAGGAAAACAAUCCUACCCUUCACAUUGACUUUCUAUUGCGGGAAGCUGCCUCCUUGUCAUUUCUGACUUAUAACAAAAAACAGAAGGAUGUUUAAAAACUGCUAUGAGACAAGGUGUAGCCUACAGUGUACAAGCUAAAAACCCCAUAACUACAUUUUUAUAAGCCCAAAAAACGUGUCAUAUUGUCUUUUUUUUAAGCAAAACGAUGGUGGGACAAGCUGUUCGAAAGUUUAGUUAGCUUUUACGGUUCGGUAGCUUAUAAAAACGUAGUUGUGGGUUUUUUAGCGUGUUUACUCUACACCUUGUCACACAGCAGCUUUUAGACAUUGUUCUUUUUUUGUUAUAAGUCAGAAAUGACAAGGAGGCAUCGUCGCACAAUAGAAAGUCAAUGGAGAGAGUUGGACUGUUUCCCCUGGUGUGGGCGUGGCCUAAAUGCGCUCUGUCUCCAUAGGGAGCUGCAGAGAUGACGUAUUUUUGUAUGCAAGCGAGUUAGCCUUUCAGGACUUCCGGUUCCAUUGCCCCAAAGUCUAUGGGUUUUUUGAAUGGGUUUUUGGUAAAUUGCCUGAAAUAAGGUCUGUGGUUAACAAAACCUCUAAAUAAUUUCACGUUUUAUUCUAUGACAUAAAACACACCAAUUAUAACCGGCUCGUGAUUUUUUUUAAAGCCUUAUUGUGUUUUAAAAACGGUGGUUGCUAACAAGUUACUAAAAGCGACUACUUCCUUUGUCGGGGACGUUAGACGCCAUUGCGCAUAUAAAUCUUACAAAUAAUGCAACAUGGGCACACAUCUCUAAAAACGUAGAUGCGGAUUCAUUCACGGAGUAAUUACUUACCAGGGAAGACAUUUUUAUUAAGAUUGAAAGAGUUGUCGGAGGCUUGGUGAUGAUGACGUUGAUAUCGAGCGACUAUAUAGUGUAGUCUGUUUAUAGCAUCAUGUUAGCUUUUUACUUCUGGCGAUUGUAUUUCGGCUUCAAAAGUAACAAAUGUUGUGUUAUUUUGUAAAGAUUAUAUUGAUAGACAAAACAUGUAAACAUCAUAAACCUUUGUUUAUUAUUAUUUUUUUUUUAAUAGUCUUUCGGUCAAGGGAACCACUGCAGCGCUAACUUCCGGGUUGGCCUACAAAAAUACGUCAUCUCUGCGACUCCCUAUUAUGACACAAACUAAUGAACUGUACAGAUAAAUUACGUUUUACUGGUCCCAAGUGGGUUCUGUGGUUAUAGCACUGUAAAGCUGUGGUAAGAAUAUGUAAAUGUACCUGUUAGAAUACUGCUUUUUAAUAUUCCUUGACAGCUUGUUACUAACGCUAUUUAAAUAAAUGUGCACUUCACUAUAUAUAUUCAAAUAAAUUAUAAAAGUUGUUAUAUGACUCUAAUUAAUUAGAAGAGAUGGUUGGAGCUUUUAGGUUUUGUUGUCACUUUGAGUUUUAUGAUGCUUUUAAAUCAUUGCAACCCAUCAGCAUAAACGUUGUUUUGUCAGUCUGUUUGCUAUUAUCUAUAUUUUGUAAUAUUUGUUCUGUAUCUAUCAGUGUAUCUGUAAUAUAUCAGUUUAAUCAAUUUGUAAAUGCAUCCACUGAAUAAACUUAAAUUGAAAUAGUUAAUUGUGUUGUGUGUGUUUUGUGUUUUUAUCAAAUGACCGAAAUGCAUUCUGGACCAUUUGGAAAAUACAGUUCCUUAAUGAAUGCGUCAGUUUGUUUAUCAAACCAAAUUUUGUUUUGAAUCUUG